CUUCUUAACUACAAUAACGCAAGGAAAGGCACCAGGACCUCUUUCCACAGUUGCGACCGAACUCAACACCCGAACAAUACCCCAAGAAUGCGCUUACGCAGCUAAGCCCGGCCGGCCUCCUAGGAGGCCGCAUCAGCAAUAUCAUGUCGUUCUUUGCGCGGUGCAUUUCGGGUAGCUCCCUUAAAGGUCUAGUUGACAAUGAUGAGGACCUGAACACAAGCAGCACCACAACUACGCCCAACGACACGGCGCACGGUGGCAGCAAAUUUGGAAGCCGCUCCUGGAAGCGGCUGUCCACGCGCUCGUCGCGCUCGUCGCUGAACUCGCCGAAGAAGCCCUUGGGGGCUGCCAGCACUCCUCCUUCCAGUCUAGCAAGCUCUGGCAAUGAUGGAGGAGCAACGGCCCUGCGGCCAUCGAUGGAGCCGGUUAUGGAGCGCACCCGCAGCGCGCUGACGGACCUGGAGGCAGUGAAGUUCCUCAUAGAGGACUGGUCGCACAAACACUGGAGGCCAGCAACGCCACAGGACCAGGAGUGCUUGGACCGCAUCGAUCAGAGCGACAUCAAGCCCCUGGUGGCGCUGGGUGAGGGCGCCUACGGCUCCGUCAACCUGUGCCGCAUCCCCAUGUCGCGCCUGCCCUGCGGCGGCGUCUCCUCCGCUACAGCACGCACCGCCUCCGCCGCCGGCCACGCCAUGCCGCGACACGUCAUGUCUCAGCGCGAGCUGGCGACCAGCAGUAUGCCGCUGGGGCCGUCGGCCCCCAGCAACCCCACCAGCAACCGCAACUCAGAAUCGGGCAGCGCCCAACCGCAACAGCAACAGCAGCAGGCGGCAGCGGCGACGAGGCCCGGGAGCGCGCCGUCGCAGCGGACGCACCACCAGCGGGCCGCCAGCAGCGGCGCGGCCUUCGGGCAGCGCAGCCGCACCACCAGCCUCACGGGCGGCCCGAUGGAGGAGGUGCCGGAGGUACCGGAGCUACCGGAGGAGCCCGGGGCGGGCGAGGCGCAGGCGGAGCAGGCCUCCGGCAGUGGCGGCGGGGCGCCGGGCACACAGCUGCCGGUGGCGGAGCGCUCUGCCGGGUCCACCAUGGCGGAGGAGGCGACCGGCUCCAGUCCAGCCACAUUGUCUUCCUCAUCGGCCACCUCCGGCUCGUCAGGGCCCGGCGCCGGCACAGCGGAGCUGGACCCGGGGGCGAAGUCGCCGCCAAGGGCCGCGGAAGGCGGCCUUGCCACCGUGGACGCCUCGGCCGCGGAAGGGGAGGCGGCCGCCUCGGGGUCGCAGCUGGCGAGCGCAUCGUCCGUGAACGACCCUCAGCUGAUUGUGGCGGUGAAGCGCGUGCCGCUGGGCUGGAACCAGGAGCGCGAGCUGAUGCAGCUGCACCGCUGCCAGCAGUGCCCCUUCAUCGUGCGGCUGUUCGGGUUCGUGGAGGACGGCGACGAGCACUGCAGCUACGUCAUGGAGUGGGCGGAGGGCGGUGACCUGGCGGGCAUGCUUAUUUCCCUGAAGGACCGGCGCGGCGCCAACAAGCAGCGGCUGCUGAUGAGCGAGGCCAGCGCGCGCUACUACAUGGGCUGCCUGCUGCUGGCUCUGGAGUUCCUGCACAACAACGGACUGCUGCACAGAGACAUCAAGCCCAGCAACCUACUGCUGACCUCGGACGGCACCGCCAAGCUGGCAGACCUGGGCUUCACCGUGGCCCUGGACGCCAACGGCCAGACCGUGGGCUGCUGCGGCACCACCGGCUACAUAGCGCCCGAGGUGUACGCCUACGGCAGCAGCAAGACGCGCAGCAGCUACGGCGUGCCCGCGGACAUCUGGUCGGCGGCGGCGACGCUGUUCCAGGUGCUGACGGGCAGCGUGGUGACGGACCGGCCGGAGGAGGUGCUGAAGAAGGGCUGGCGGCCGCCCACGCACCCGCGCUUCAGCCCGCAGCUGCAGGACCUGUUCAACCGUAUGCUGGCUGCCAAGCCCAGCAAGCGGCCCCAGACCGUGGCGUCCGUCAUGCGCCAUGCCUGGUUUGCCGGCUUCGACUGGGCGGCGCUGCGCGGGGGCCGCAUGACCGCGCCCUACGUGCCGCGCGAGCGCCGCCACACGCGGCCUGAGCCUCCCCUUGGCGCCGCAGCGCCUGCGGGGCCGCCGGGCACAGGCGCCGCUGCCGGCACUCUGGCGGCAGCAGGGGCGGCUGGGAAUGGUGGCGGGGCGGGCUUUGCACGGCAAGGCAGCGGCGCAGGCAUGAGCACCGGCAGCAGCGGCGGACCGCCGCCGGCCUCGCCUGGGGGUCAGCGCCUGGCCACGGUGAUGGAGCGGACGGGUGGCAUGGACGGCAGCAACCGCGGCGGCGCCGGCGGCGGCGAGGCCGUUGAGGUGCCUCGGUCGUCGGUGCAGCGCAGUGCGCUGUCGCUGCGGGACGAGGCCAGUGUGCACCGGGGCCGGGAGGGGCUUGUGCGGGCCGGGUCGUCCUUUGACACAGCGCUGGACACCGUGCCCACAGCGGAGGCAGAGGCGGCCGCCGCGCACAACAUGGCAGUGGCGGCGCUGGCGGUUGCCGGGGCCAACGACAAUGUCAACGGCAACGGCGGCGGGUUGCAGCACGGGCACGGCCGUGUGCAUGGCCACGUGCGCUUCGCCAUGGGAGUGGCGGAGUGUGCCUAGGGCGGUACCGUAAUAAGGCAGGUCGUGUACCUGCCUGCGUGCGUGCAUUGUUCUUGCAGUAUUUUUGUGUGAGGGUAUGGCUUGCGAAUUGUCAGUGCUGGAUUGGCCGCAAGUUGCAAGGGCGAGUGUGUUCUUGCCCGCAAGCUGCAAGGGCGAGUGUGUUCUUGCGCGGCUGAGUGGGGGCGAGAUGGGUCUGUGAUUACACUUCUUCGAAGGAGUUUCUGACUGCGCAUUCUCGGGGGGACCAUCUUCGGGUUGCGGCAAACGCGUCCUACUUCAGCUUUAGUCCGUACCUAGGACGCGAAGCGCACACCCAUAGGGCAGCCAAGCGGCUUGUCGGUGCGGCAAGGUGUGUGUCGGAUGCGGAGGGAAAUUUCGCUGCAAGGAAAAUGAGAUUGGGGCGGGCGGUGCGGAGCAUGAUGCGCGGCGUGCUGGUUCAGAGGCGGGAGAGCUGACGGGUCCUCUGGUGCAGUGCAGGUACACCUCCGCAGGGGAUGUGUGGGGAAGACUGUCUGACACACGUACGGCGAUGAAUGGCACAUGGAUUCGACGGCAUAUUUGGGGCAUGGCAAUUUGGAGGAAAUGCCAGUCCGGUAGCGGCUAGAAGCAGAGAUUAGCAUAACCUGCUGCGACGCCAGGACCAUGCAUCACACUAGGCACAGAUGCUAUUUGGGGGUUGCAUCACUCGUCGCGACCUGCAUCGCGAAGGUGCAUCACUAGAAGCCUGAAACUGUGAUUCCAGAUUUGCUCGGACGGCUUCAGCUUGCGGGUGGACAAUAAAAGGUCUGACACAUGCAAUGAUGCUAUGGGUAGUUAUGGUGUGCCACUGUGCCCCCAUACAUGAUUCUCGCCAUCCGGGCGUGGCACGGCUUGUGCAUUGCAUGUUUGAUUCCGCUGAUCGUCAUCACGACACGGCACAGCUUGUGUCCGUACAGGGCACGCAGGAAUGGAUCGCUUGGGUUGGGCGCAUGGCGUUUUUAUGCGACCAUUGCUGUACCACUGAUUGGACUAGUCCUUUUGGGAUGGACCCUUUUCAGGGGACGGGGCCGUGGACAUAUGGAUAUGGGAUUACCGGUAUGUGCCAGAUGCGUGCUCAGAGGCCAAGGAUGGGGCGCGUUCGGGAUUCGGGGGAUUCGGGAUUUUCGCGCCGUUGAGGCGACGCCAUGUUGACAAGGUGUGGGUCGGUCCUGCCUUGUAACGGCCUAUGUAACGCUGAGACCAG